UUGUCUCGACUGGACAUUCACACUCAUCAGGUCAUCUGUCUAUCUAUCCAUCCAUCCUUCUGGGGAGAGAGAAGAGAGAAGAGAGAGUGAAUAUCGCCAUCUGAAACUUUGGAAAAGUUGGAAGCCUGAGAACUGACUUGAGCUGCACAUCCACUAUAACGGCAUCUUAUACGAGCUCAGAUAAUAAUUACUGAGAACGACAGGCGUAUAAGAGGAUUUGUACGUUACCUGCAUAUUCACAGAAUUUGCUUUCGGAGAUACCGGAGACAUCUGAGGACACUCGGGUCUGCGCAGCGGACCAAACCUCUCACAGCAUCACCAUGAGAUUCUUCCAUCCACUCUAUCUCCUUCUGCUGCUGCUCACAGUCCUGUUCAUCACCAGCGCCGAAAAACAAGAUUUUCUCAACCUGAGGCGGAAAUAUCGCAGACACAACUGUCCAAAGAAACGCUGUCUGCCUCUUCACUCCAGAGUGCCAUUCCCUUGAGGUUUCACAAUUACUCAACUAUCCACAACUGAUGUCUUGUCAAUGAUCUUGAAAUGAUGUCUUGUCAAGCCUUAAGAAAACCAAAGACCACUGAUGGAUGGGAAAUGAGAGAGGAGUGUCAUAUCAGACUCACUGAGGACUGUUCAUUUGCCCGUAUACUGUAACCAAGCCAUGCUAGUCACUUCUGUAAAGGAAGUGUAUUGUUUUAUGAAUGUUAAGUGAACAAGCCAUGAGGACAUCAACUGCAACCAAACAUGCUGAAAACUCAUCGCUCAAUCAGUUUGAGUUUGCCAGAACCAUUGUAAAUAGUAAGAACUGAAUGAUAUGUGUUUAUAUGUAAGUUAUGCACUUCAAAUGUUUUA